AUGUGGCCAGCAUCGCAAUACUCGCACACAAACAAUCAAAGCCAAAUCAAUUCUAAAGGCAAUGAGCACCAAAAUCAACAGAACUUGAAGACUUUGGGAAUGACCUCUGCUAUUUCUAUGGCAGGGCCAAAGCCAAUAGAUAUAGAAAAAACAAAUGAAUUAAAGGAUUCUUUAAUACCUUAUGGAGUGUUUGAAUCAGAAGGUGAGAUGCAUCAUCGCAUGGAAGUAUUGGGAGCACUGCAUAGACUAGUUCGGCAAUGGAUAAGAGAUGAAUCACUCAGAAAAAAUAUGCCCCCAAGUGUCGCUGAUACAGUAGGCGGGAAUAUUUAUACUUUUGGAUCCUAUAGGCUUGGUGUCCACCAUAGAGGUGCUGAUAUUGAUGCGUUAUGUGUAGCACCAAGACAUAUAGACAGGGCAGACUACUUUCAAUCGUUUUAUGAACUACUCAAGCAACAACCACAGGUAAAAGAUUUGCGGGCUGUGGAAGAUGCAUUUGUACCUGUGAUAAAAAUGAACUUUGAUGGUAUAGAGAUUGAUUUGUUGUUCGCAAGACUCGCUCUUAAGGAAAUACCUGACUCAUUUGACUUACGCGACGAUAUAUUAUUAAAGAAUUUAGAUCAGAAAUGUGUGAGGUCUCUUAAUGGUUGUAGAGUGACGGAUGAGAUCUUGCGACUUGUACCUAACAUCAAUAACUUUAGACUGACACUAAGAGCCAUCAAACUUUGGGCGAAACGUCAUGGUAUCUACUCAAAUACCCUGGGUUACCUGGGAGGAGUGUCAUGGGCUAUGUUGGUUGCGAGGACAUGCCAAUUGUAUCCAAAUGCACUACCAGCUACUUUGGUGCACAAGUUUUUCCUUGUAUUCAGCCAGUGGAAGUGGCCGCAGCCAGUUCUGCUGAAACAGCCAGAUUCUGUUAAUCUUGGUUUUCCUGUGUGGGAUCCCCGGGUUAACAUGUCAGAUCGUUUCCACCUCAUGCCUAUUAUAACACCAGCAUAUCCUCAACAAAACUCAACAUUCAACGUGUCUGCUUCUACUAGAACAGUCAUCAUGGAGGAAUUUAGACUUGGUUUAGCCAUAACAGACGAAAUCAUGCUCGGUAAAUGCGGAUGGGAGCGACUAUUUGAAGCCCCAAACUUCUUCUCGCGGUACAAACACUUUAUAGUCCUUCUGGCUUCGUCUGGUAGUGGUGACGAUCAGCUACAGUGGUGUGGUCUGAUUGAAAGUAAAAUCAGGCAUCUUAUAACUACAUUGGAAAGAAACCAGCAUAUAACUAUAGCUCAUGUGAAUCCAGAGUGCUAUAACUCUGUGCCUCUCAACACCAACAAUGGACAGCCCCUAGCUCUACCGCCGGGAACUCCAGUGGCCCCAAACAUUGAUAUGGAAGUGAAGAAAAAUGAAAAUGGUGAGGUGAUGCCUAAUCUCUGCUCCAUGUGGUUCAUUGGUCUCGUAUUUGAUAAGACAAAUGUCAACAUUGACUUAACGCAUGACAUUUUAUCGUUCACCAAAGUAGUGCACUAUCAAGCCGAAAUUACAAAUAUGCUUAGAGAAGGCAUGACUAUUGAGGCCCGUCACGUCAGACGCAAACAGCUGCAUCAAUAUUUGUCGCCGUCCUUGAUAAAGCGAGAAAGAACUACGUCAGGGGCGAAGCGUAAGCAAGACAGCAGCAAUCAGCCCGCGCCACUCAAAAAGACAAAACGACUAUCUGAGAGCAGUACAGAUGAAGUCAGCCUGCUAUCUUACAAUGAGGAUUCCAACUCCUCAAAUGUAUAUGAGGUGAACAUCCAAAAUGGAAACGCAGCAAAUCAUUCACAUGAGGAAAGGAAGACAGCGGAGAAACCCCUCGGACCACCAGAGCACCCACCGUCUACGUCAAACACCAUCGCCUGCACGUAG